AAGACGUGUGUUUAGUGAGGGGCACUUUAGCGACCGUAUUGCGUUUGUCACGUGUGAUGGGCGUAGCUGGAGUGGUCUUGGAGCGACAAGGGGACUCCUACAGCGUCCGUAUAUCUGAUGGAACAAUACUAUACUGCAAAAUCUUUUUUUGUAUACUCAAUACAUUGGGGUAUGUUGUACUAGCAGCGAACAUGCUUGCGACCGACUUGAAUUCAAAAAAAACUCCUGAACUCAGCUUAUUGCUAAUUGCCAUUGUAUGGGGCAUUAUAAUUGUGACACAAACAGUUUUGUUUACCUAUGGAACGUUCCGCCUGAAGUGUCGAAUGGAAGAAAUGAUAAGUUGCUUGAAGGACAUACAAAAGGUUCACAAGGGCAUCAAUACAAAACUGGAAGACCUCAAAAAUCCGUUUAGCGACGUAAUUAAGAAAUUUGUGAUCUGGGCCUACGUCUUAGCCUACGUCAGUUUGAUCUUAAAUAUUUGGGCAAAUAUUUAUAGCAAAACUGUGUACACUGAGUACUGGCGCUUAAUAGUACAACACCUUGAGAACAAAAUGAUUGUUCUUAUACUCGCCCAAAUAUCUCUGGUUGCUCUUGAUAUAGAGACAGUUGUGAAGACAAUUAAUAAUGGGUUACAAGAACUUAUCCAAAUUCGUGAUCUCAAGCGAAAAUAUUUCAAAACAUUGACUACAGCUUAUAUGUCACUGUGCGAUAUUGUUAAAAAUUUUAACGACAACAACUCGACGAUGAUUGGCAUGCUUAUGCUUGUAAUCCCCUUGUAUAUACUGAUGUCCGGCGAAUACUUGUUAAACCUGAUUGUAAAAGACCGUGGUCCGGUAACGUUAAAUAUCUAUAUUAGAAUCAUUGGCAAUCUCAUGUGGUUUAUCUGUCACUUAGUAUCAAUGUUUGUGUUAAUUGAGCCAUGUCAUCGAGUCCAUGAAAGGAUGAACGAAACACAGAUUCUCGUCACCAAAUUGAUGUACAGCGUAACAAGUGCUGGUGAACCGAUUCCAUUCGAGUUGGAUAUAUUUUAUAAACAAAUCGAACUUUACAAGCCAACUAUUACUGCGCGUGUUUUCAAUCUUCACAGAGGUCAAUUAUCUAUUAUAAUGGUUGGCGUGGUGACCUAUUUAACAAUUAUUGUUCAACACUACAGCACCCAUUUGUGAAUACAACAAGAAUAUUGCAUUGAAUUGCUUCGAAUGAAAUCCUUCUUACACCUUUGUAAAA